AAAAACUACGACUUCCUAUCAUCGACUGCAACAACAGCUCCCAACCGGAAGUGACACAAAGUUCCCCCACUGGGUUGAUUUGGAAACUUAUUUUGCAAGCAGCCCGCGUGACCGAACAUCUAAAACAACGCUCUCUUUAUCAACUGCACAUCGAGCACAUCUGUAGCUAUGGAUUUCUGCGUCGUAGCUAUGCUGUACUACUUAAUAUUACUUUAUAUAUUCAUUCACUUGCUGGCAUUCUUUUUCACCGAUGCAGAUUUCACGUUGCUGUGGGCAAGUCUGCUCGGACGCAAGUCAGAGGUGAAGUUGAAGGGUCAGGUGGUGUGGGUCACCGGAGCAUCCAGUGGCAUUGGAGAGGAGCUGGCCUACCAGCUGGCUCGGUGUGGCUCACGCCUCAUUUUGUCUGCACGCCGUGAGGAUGAGCUGAGGAGGGUGAAACGCCAAUGCUUAGAAUCCUCGAGUCUGAAGGAUGAGGAUAUUCUUGUUCUUCCGCUGGAUUUGUUGGAGAGGACAACUCAUGAGGCCAAAACCCAAGCUGCAAUUGAGUACUUUGGACAUAUUGACAUCCUGGUAAACAACGGAGGCCGAAGCCAGCGAUCUUUGUUCUUGGACACAAGCGUUGAUGUGUACCAAGCUUUGAUGGAGCUCAACUUCCUGGGCACUGUGUCACUCACCAAGCAGGUGCUGCCUCACAUGACGCAGCGCGGCACCGGCGGCAUCGUGACCGUCAGCAGCGUGCUGGGCCUUGCCGGGGCGCCCCUGGCGACAGGAUACGCUGCCAGCAAACAUGCUCUUCAGGGCUUUUUUAAUUCCCUUCGGACCGAGCUCUAUGACUAUCCAAAUAUACUCAUCAGCACGGUGUGUCCAGGGCCUGUGCAGUCAUUCAUAACACAAAAUGCCUUCACUGAAGAUCUGCACAAGCCUAUGACUUCAGCUGGUUACCAGGAACACAAGAUGCCCACUAGCCGCUGUGCAUCUUUAAUACUGGCGGGGAUUGCCAACAACGUCAAGGAAAUGUGGAUUGCACAGCAACCCUUCUUGGCUUUCUACUACGCCUGGCAGUACACCCCCACAUUCGCUUGGUUCGUCACAAACCUCCUAGGCAAGAAAAGGGUGCAGAAUUUCAAAUCUGGUGUGGAUGCAGAUGCCUACUUUACCAAGCCCAAGACCUUAUAAAAAUGGUUUCUGAACCAAUGACUUCAGAUUCUUUUUUUACUUUACAAAGCUUGUUUGGUGCAAAGUGAAAUCUCAGCUUCUUACAAGUCAUUUUAUUAUAUACAGAUAUACAUAUAAAAUGAGCAAUAUGUACAAUACUAUGAUCAUUGUUGAACAAUUAUUUUAAAAGUUGUAAACAAGUUAACUGUAAACAAAUUCCACUGAAAGCAUACAGCAUGACACACCCAAGGCACAUUCUUGAUAUAUUGACAAUAAUUGUAUCGUUUCCCUUUUUAACAGAAAGGUUGGGUCAUUAAAUAUUGUAACAAAUAAAAAAGCUUUAAAA